UUUUUGUUUUUGUUUUUCGGCUGUCAAUCAAAACUAAUAAGAAAUGUUUUUUUUCUCUCUUUUUUUUCAUAACAGAAUCUUGGGGAUUGAACAUCAGAAUCACCUUUCAUAGUUUUUAAAGUUUGUUGUGAGUGUGCCGGUGUGUGUGUGUGUUUUGUUCAAAUUUUAUUCUGUGAUGCCAUAUUUUUUCAAAUUGUGAUUUUUCAAUAUAUGCGAAUCGUAUUUAAAUAGCAACAGCAACAAAAAAAAACAACAACCAACCAAAAAUGUUUACUAAAAUUAAAGGAAAAUGGUUUGGUCGUUCAAACAAAGGUAGUUUAAAAAUCAAAACAUCAUCAUCAUCAAUAGAACCAUCAUUUACGAUAUCGGAUAAACAACGAUCAAAUGGAUCAUCAUCAACAUUACCGGCUGUCGGUACGAAAAUGGUCAAUAAUUUGGAUUCCGAUAAGGAAAAUAUCGGGGUUAAUAAUAAUGAUAAAAGUUUAACACUUCCAUCAUCAAUUCCAAUUAAUAAAUCAUCAUCGAAAACUGGUUCAAUUGAUUUAUCAUCACAUUCAUCACAUUCUCAUUCAUUAUCAUCAUCAAAUAAUUCAUCAUCAUAUCAUACAGCUAUUGCUAUGAAUGAUAAUGAUUUUAAUCUAAAAGAUAUGCUUGAUGGUCAAAUCAAUUUAAAAGUUUUUGUUAAACAUUUGAAUCAAGAAUCAAAUUUUAAUGUUGAACGUCAAACACCAUUAUAUGAUCUUUUAGUUAUUGUUGCCAAUCGUUUUGGUUUAAAUCCAGCGGAUUAUUUAAUUAUUGCUUCUGCUGAUGAUAAUCAUCAUGAUACUGAUGUUGAUGUUCAAAGAACUGAAAAAACAUUAACAUUAAAAUCCAAUCCUGUUGGAUUGAUUGGAACUGAUCGUAUUACAAUUGUGCCAAAAUUACGUAAAAAUCGUAAUAAUAAUAAUAAUAAUAAUAAUGGUGGUCUUCCAUUUACAAAAACUAUUCGUUUUACAAUAAAUUUACCACAAAAUCAAUUAAUGGUUAAACGUAUUGAACCAACAAUAAGUUUUAAUCAAAUUAAACAAAUGAUUUGUAGUGAAAAAUCAAUAGAUUCAUCAAAAUAUUUAUUAAUAAAACCUAUGAAAAAAUCAGAAUCAUUAACAGUAAUUGAUUUAAAUCAAUCACCAAAUGAUUAUAAUCUGAAUGAAGUAACAAUAAUAUCACAACAACGUUAUGAACAACUUGCCAGACAAUUUUCAAUCAAUUCACGUUCAUCAUUUAGUUGUAUUGAAAUCGAUGAUGAUGUUAAUAGUAGAAUUGAUUUCAAUGAUCAUUCAAAUCGUCUGAAUGUUCAACAAAAAAAUGAUUGGAGUCAAUCAACACCAAAUAUAUCAACAAUGAUGAACAAUCGUCAUAUACAAUCAUCGGAUACAUGUUCAAUUUCAUCAUCACGUAGUAGAUGUUUUAAGAAAAAACCAGCACCACCACCACCAUUAUCAUCACAUUCAUUAUUAUCAUCAAAUAAUCGUCAUCAUCAAUCAUCGUUGAUAAAUAAAUCGGCACAAAAUCUAACCGUAAUUCAUGAUGAUGAUGAACAAGAAUUUAAUGAACAACAAUCAGAACAUCAAGAAAUUGUUAAAUCAACACCUACUACACCUUUGGAUUCAUAUUUUGAAUCAACCAAAUCAUCAAAAUUAAUUCGAUCAAAUACAGUGGAUGAAAUUGUUGUUAUACGAAAUCAACCAAAACCACAACAAAUUGAAAAUUAUCAUAUUGUUAUUAGUGAUAUACAAAAUGAAAAAAUACGAUUAAAUCGACAAAAUUCUGGAUCGGAUUCAAGUGGUUAUCAUGAACGUUUAUCACCAAUAACAACAACAACAACAACACCAACAGAUUCAAAUUCACCACAACCUCCUCCAUCUUCGAUUUCACCUGUAUCAAAUAAUUCUUUAAAUGAAGAUAACGAUGAUAAUGAUAAACAACUAGUCAACAACGAUUCAUUAAUUCAAUCAUCAUCGUCAUCAUCAUUAUCGCAUAUAAAAUCAACAUCGACAGAACCUCUUCCAAAACCUGCUUCAAGAUCAUCAUUAAAAUCUAAUCAAUCAAAAAAACGUCGUGCACCUUUACCACCACCACAACCUUCAAAAAGAUCCAGUCUAAUUAUUCCAUUAGAAUCUAGUUUAUUAUCAUCAUCACCAUCAUCUCAAAUGAUUAAUAAUUCAAUAGAUUUAUCUAGUAAUAAUCGUAUAGAAUCACCAUGUUUAACAGAAACAAGUGAAACAGAAUUACCAAAUUCACUUUGUUGUUCGGAAGAAUCUAAUAAUCAUCAUCAUCAAGAAUUUCCAUCAAUAUCAUUAUCAGAAUCAUUAUCAUCAUCAAACAAUAUUGAUUCUAUUGAUGAAAAUGAAAUUGAUCAUUUUAAAGUCAAUCCGUUAUCAAUAGAUGGCGAAAGUGAUGCCAAAAUUCAAAAUGAAAAAAUUAACCAAGUUAGCCAACAAAAAUUUUCCAAUACAACUGUGAUUAUGGCCGAUAUUCAUCAUCAUCAAGAAGAAGAAGAAUCUAGUAUGGUUACCAAUCCAAUUGAAAUCAACGAUAACGAUGAAUCGAACAAUAUGAAAAACGCGAAUGAUACUAAUGAUAAUCAAAAGGUCAAUAUGGACAAAAAAGAUGCCGUGGUUGUUGUUACUGCUGUAAAUGCUGUUGACCUUAAUCAUAAUGAUGAUGAAGUUAACGAUAUUGUUUUAGCAGAAACAACAAACAACAAAUUGGAUAAUGUUGUUGUUGCUGUUUUGAAUGAUAAUGAACAACAACAACAACAACAAAUUGUAAUAGAAAAAAAACGAUCACGUUGGCUUCAAUUAUUGAAUGAAUUCGGCCCAAAUGAUGUUGAUAGUGAUGAUAAUGAUGAUGAUGAUAAUAAUAUUAUGGACGAAAAUAAAUGUUCACAUUCCAUUGAUGAUGGCCAAAAACAAUGUAAUGAAUGUCGUUAUUAUAUUGAUAAUUUUAAAUUAUUACGUUCAAAAUUUCAAAAUGAAAAUUUUCAUCAUCACCAACAACAACAAAUAAUCGAAUCAUCAGGUGAAAAAGAACAUUCAGUACAAACUAACGAAGAUACAAAAACAACAACAACAACGACGGUAAAAGUGCCUGAAGUAAUUGAUAAUGAUGAUAAUGUUCGAACGGUUUCUAACAACAACAACAACAAUGGUAACACUGAUGAUGAUAAUGUUGAAAUAGUGGAUGAUAAUCAAACGAACAACAGUAGCCAUAACGAAGAAAUGAAAAACAAAACAAUUAAUGACGGUGGUAAACCACUUGUUGUUGUUCUGGAUUGGCAACAACGAUCAUCAUCAUCAUUAUCAUCAACAUCAAAUAAAAACGAAACCAACAACAUUGAUCGAAAUAGAAUAACGGAAAAUAUUGAUAAACAAGUUGAAGUUGCUUUAAAUGAAUUAGAAGAUACGCUAGAACAAUGUUCAUUAUUUAAUAAUAAUAAUGAUUAUGAUGAUGAUGAUGAUGGUAAUCAUGAUGAAAAACUGUCAUCAUCAUCAUCAUCAUCAUUAAAUGGUACAAAAAUUAAACUAAAUGGCCAAAUCAAAACGACGACGACGACAUCUAAGACCUCAUCAUCAAUGGGUAAUAAUCGUACAACAAAAGUAGUGAUUAAUUCAAUGUACGAUAAUAAUAAUAAUCAUAAUCAUAAUGAUGGUAUUAAUCGAUUAUCAUCAAAUUCAUUUUCUGUACGUGAUGGUAUACGUAAAUUUAAUACAAUAAAUGAAACAAAUGUUUCACAACAAGAUCUAUCUAGUCUACGUUCAACAACAGUGCAAUUGAAUCCAUUUGUUCGACGAUCAACAUCAAAAAUUUAUAAUGAUGAUAAUAAUGGUGGUGAAAAAAUGCCAAAAGUAAAUAGAAAAUUGGAUAAUUUUCAAAUCGGUUCGCUUAGUGAAUCACCAAUCGAUAUUUAUCAAAUGAAAAAACCAUCAUCGAUGAUGACCAAUGUUGUUCGCAAUAAUGAUAAUGAUAAUACGAAAACAUCGACUGUAAUUCAAAUCAACAAUUCAAAUUCAUCAGUUGUUGUUGUUAAUAAUGAUAAUAAUCAUCGUGACAAAUAUUUGAUGAAACAAAAAUCAGAAUCAAUGAUCAACAAUAACAACAACAACAACAAUCAUGAAAUACAACAUCGAUCGAAUAACAAUCGACCAAUGUUGAUAACCACCAACAACAAUGUUUACAACAAAAAUAAUACCAUCAAUGUUAAUAAUAAUAAUAAUAAUAGUAAAAUUAGGUUGUCAAAACAACAUUCAAAUGGUUCUAUUAAACAAUUAUCCUCACCAUCAUCUUCAUCAUCACCAUCACCAACUGAUUUUUUACAAGAACUUAAACUAAAAAGUAAAACAUGGAGUCAUCGUAAUAAUGGAUUGGAAUUUUCAAAUCCCGCAUACGAUCAAGUUGAUACGAAUCAAAAUUCUGAAUUACGACAAAGAAAUUUCCUACAACAAAAAAGUGUUGAUAAUGUUUCAAUUUCGAUUCCGCCUCCGCCGCCACCACCACCACCUUCACAACCAUUAGUACCAUUGACACAAUCGGUUAAUCGUAUGAUUACAUCACAAACAUUGCUUGCGCCAAAAGGAUGGAAUCAAAAUCGUCCAACAUCAAAAUCAAACAAUCAAAUUCAUUCACCAUUACGUAGUGUUUCUAUGGAUUUAUCCAAAAAUACAACAUCAUCAUCAGGAGAUUCUCGUGGUGCACUUUUGAAUGAAAUCAAAAAUUUUCAUAAUAAUUCUCGAUUAAAAAAGGUCGCAAACAAUCAACCAUUCAGUUUGAAAAUCAAUUGAAUUUUUUUUACAUAUUUUAUUCUCUCAUUCUCAUAAUAAUCGGACAGAUUUAUUAUAUGAAACCAAUUUUAUUAUUGUGAUUUUCUUCGUUAUUGGAUUUUUUUGUUUUUGUUUUCCAUUUCUCUCUUUCCAUCAUUACAAAACAUUCAUUAAAAUCAUCACACACACACACACAUAAACGGAUCAUCCGUUAUCCUUAACAUAAUUAUUAUUGUGUUUGAUCUAUUGUCAUUUUUAAUGAAUUUCUUUUUCUUCCCUCGGUUUAAAUGUUUUUAUCCUGAAUG